UGUGUGAUGAGAGCGGCCCCGUCAUCGUAGAAGAACCAGACAACCGCGUGGACUUCAGCAACUCAACCGGCGCCAACAUUCACUGCUCUGUUCGAGGACGACCCGCCCCCUCCGUCGUUUGGGUUCGCGCUGACAAUGGCUCCGCUAUCGGUGUUGUUCCUGGCCUUAGGAUGGUUCUCUCCAACGGCACCCUGAUCUUCCCCCCCUUCCGCGCCGAGGACUACCGCCAGGAAGUGCACGCCCAGGUCUACCGCUGCCAGGCCUCCAACUCCCACGGCACCGUUCAUUCCCGCGACGUCCACGUGAGGGCAGUGGUGUCCCAGUUCUACCAGACGGAGGUGAACAACGAGCACGUCAUCAGGGGUAACUCGGCCAUCAUUAAGUGCGUGAUUCCGUCCUUCGUGGCCGACUUUGUCUCGGUGGCGUCCUGGGUCACGGACGACGGGCAGACCUUCGUGCCGCAACACAAGGGCUAUGACGGCAAGUACCUGGUCCUUCCCUCCGGCGAACUCCACAUCCGCUCCGUCAGCUCCGAAGAUGGCUUCAAGAGCUACAAAUGCCGCACCGUGCACCGCCUCACCCAGGAAACUCGUCUCUCCGCCACCGCUGGACGUCUUGUGAUCUCCGAUGCUGUAGGCUUAUCCGCGCCAAAGCUGGCCUCUGAAGACUUCACCCGCGGGAAGCUCAAGGCCGAAGGGAGCAGCUUUUCCCUCUUCUGUCAGGCACAGGCCAACCCCGCCCCUGCCUUCAGGUGGUUCAAGGUUUCCGAAGGAGGACGCAAGGCAGCUGUGGAACUCGGCGACCGCGUGAAGCAAGUGGGAGGAACCCUCAUCAUCCGUGAAGCCAAAGUGGAGGACUCUGGCAAAUACCUGUGCGUCGUCAACAACUCUGUCGGAGGCGAGAGCGUCGAGACUGUGCUCACUGUCACUGCUCCCCUAAGUGCCCAAGUUGAACCCAAGGUCCAGACCGUUGAAUUUGGCCGCCCAGCAACCUUUACCUGCACCUACCGAGGCAACCCCGUUAAGUCUGUCACUUGGCUCAAGGAUGGAAUUCCACUUAACCACAAGGAAGCUGUUCUUCGCAUUGACACCGUUGGUCGUGAGGACAAGGGAAUGUACCAGUGCUUUGUUAGGAAUGACCAGGAAUCCGCACAAGGAACUGCUGAACUCAAACUUGGAGGACGUUUUGAGCCACCACAGCUGAUCUACACCUUCCAGACCAACACCCUCCAACCCGGACCUGCAGUAUUCCUUAAGUGUGUCGCAGCUGGCAAUCCCACCCCUGAGAUCACCUGGGAACUCGAUGGAACUCGCCUCGCUAACUCUGAACGUAUGCAAGUUGGACAGUAUGUUACCGUGAAUGGCGAAGUUGUCUCCCACUUGAACAUCUCUGCAGUUCACACCAAUGAUGGCGGUCUCUAUGCUUGUGUUGCUUCAUCCACCGUUGGCUCUGUCCGUCAUGCUGCCAAGCUUAAUGUCUAUGGAUUGCCCUACAUCAGGCCUAUGGAUAAGGCUGCAGUUGUUGCUGGAGAAAACAUGGUUGUACACUGCCCUGUUGCUGGAUAUCCCAUUGACUCUAUUGUUUGGGAAAAGAAUGGCCGCAUGCUGCCCAUCAACCGCCGCCAGAAGACAUUCCCCAAUGGCACCCUCAUUGUUGAAGCUGUCCAACGCUCCACUGACCAAGGAAGAUACACCUGUGUUGCCCGUAACAGCCAGGCUUACACUGCCCGUGGAGAUCUUGAUGUACAGGUCAUGGAACCUCCUCAAGUAACACCUAUAGACUUUGGGGAACCUACCUUCUUUGAGGGAGAUUUAGCUCAGGCUACAUGUGUGCUCCGUAAAGGGGAUCUGCCAGUCAUCUUCUCAUGGAUGUUUAAUGGGGUUGAACUGAGCCAGACAGAUGAAAUACAAGUUCUUAAAGUUGGUCGUAGGACCAGCAUCUUGAUUCUUGACCCAGUCCAGGCACAUCACCAAGGAACGUAUACCUGUCGAACAGUCAAUGAGGCAGGCACAGCAGAAGUAGAGGCAGAGCUCAUUGUCAAUGUACCACCACGCUGGAUUGUGGAACCUGCAGACAAGGCCUUUGCUCUUGGCAGUGAUGCUAGGCUAGAAUGCAAAGCUGAUGGUUUCCCACGACCCACUCUCGGAUGGAAGAAGGCUGCAGGACAUACCCCUGGUGACUAUCGCGAUCUUGAUGUAAACAACCCCAAUAUUAAGGUUACCGAUGAUGGAACUCUCCAUAUCAGCAGUAUUCAGAAAUCUCAUGAAGGAUAUUACUUGUGUGAAGCUAACAAUGGCAUUGGUGCUGGACUGUCUACUGUUAUCUACGUUAGGGUCCAAGCUCCCCCACAGUUCAAGAUUCAGUACCGCAAUCAGACAGCACGACAUGGAGAUGACGCUGUUUUGGAAUGUGAGGCUGGAGGAGAAACCCCCAUUGGCAUCCUCUGGAGCAAGGACAAGCACAGUGUUGACCAAGCAGCUGAACCAAGGUACACAAUCCGUGAAGAAAUGCGUGGUGGCAGUGUUCACAGCAGUCUUAGCAUCAAGACAACUGACCGCACUGACUCUGCUGUCUAUACCUGUGUGGCUACCAAUGCUUUUGGAAGUGCAGAUACCAACAUUAACCUCAUCAUUCAAGAACACCCAGAACAACCCAGCAGCCUUAAGGUUCUCGACAAGAGUGGCCGAUCAGUGGAACUGUCUUGGACCUCUCCCUAUGAUGGAAACUCCCCUAUUACCCGAUACAUUGUGGAAUAUAAGCUUAGCCGACGUAACUGGGAAAAUGAUGGUGAACGCAUGAUGGUGCCCGGAAACCAGAACAUGGCAGCUGUCUUGGAUCUUCGCCCAGCAACUACCUAUCACCUCCGUAUUGUUGCAAGGAAUGAGAUUGGCGAUUCUGACCCAUCAGACAUUGUGACCAUCAUCACUGCCGAGGAAGCACCAAGUGGCGCACCACGUGACCUCAAAGUUGAAGCUGUUGACCAGACCUCCCUCCGUGUUAAGUGGAAGCCACCUCUUAGGGAAGAAUGGAAUGGAGACAUCCAGGGCUACCAAGUAGGCUACCGUCUUGCAUCAUCUAAUACCUCUUACGUCUAUGAAACUGUGGAAUUCAGCAAGGAAGUCGGCAAAGAACAUCAACUGACUAUCAAGAAGCUGCAAGUGUACACUGAAUACGCUGUUGUGGUCUCUGCUUUCAACAAGAUUGGACAAGGACCCACAACUGAGGAAAUCCGCUCCUACACAGCUGAAGGAACCCCCCAACAACCCCCUCAUGAUGUCACCUGCACAACUCUGACUUCUCAGACCAUCCGUGUGUCUUGGGCCUCACCUCCACUUGAGACUGUACAGGGAGUGAUCAAGGGAUACAAAGUAAUCUAUGGACCAUCUGACAAGUGGUAUGAUGAAGAGAGAAAGGACACAAAAAUUACUAGUUCCACUGAGACUCACCUCCAUGGACUUCAGAAGUACACCAACUACAGUCUCCAGGUUUUGGCUUUCACAUCAGGCGGUGAAGGAGUACGAUCACAGCCUAUUCACUGUCAGACUGAUCAGGAUGUCCCUGAUGCCCCCACAUCUGUCAAGGCUCUGGUUAUGUCAGCUGACUCCAUCCUGGUAUCUUGGCUACCCCCAGACCGCCCUAAUGGCAUCAUUACUCAGUAUACUGUAUACUUCAAGGAAGAGGGAAAGAGUGACAGUGAGGCAGAGCAGGAGAAACUACUAUCAUCUCAACUGAACUACGAAGCAAAUGGACUGAAACAACGUGAUGAAUAUGUCUUUUGGGUAACAGCCUCUACAACCAUUGGAGAAGGAGAAAAGUCUGAAUCUGUCCAUCUGAAGCUCUCAAGCAAAGUCCCUGCCAAGAUUGCAUCCUUUGAUGAUGAGUAUGUUGCCACAUACAAGGAAGAUGUCAAGCUCCAUUGCCAGGCUGUAGGUCUCCCCACCCCUGAUAUCAGGUGGACAAUCCGUGGUGAACCAUUUACCCCCAAUGACCGUAUGCGUCUUCUGACUGAGGGUUCUCUACUGAUUCGUGAAGUGUCUCGUGAUGAUGCUGGAGAGUACACCUGCCAUGUUGAGAAUCCCUAUGGACAAGAUACAGUCACACACACACUCCUCAUUCAAGCCCCACCUCACCCACCUGAGAUUCAACUCCAGUCAACCACCACCAAUAGCAUUGAGGUUAAGCUGAAACCUUCUGUUAUUGAUGAUACCACUCCUAUUCAUGGUUACACUGUCUACUAUAAGCCUGAGUUUAGUACCUGGGAGAGUGUGCAGGUUCCUGCUUCCACAAGGUCAUACAAUUUGGAAGGCUUGUGGUGUGGUUCUCGUUACCAGAUUUAUGCUUCGGCUUACAACAAGAUUGGCACUGGUGAAUCUUCUGAGAUCUUGAACACACGCACAAAGGGCAAGAAGCCUGAGAUUCCUGAAGUUCAUCGUUUUGUAGAAGUUUCCUCAGUCUCUAUCAAUCUCCACCUGAAAGCCUGGCAAGAUGGUGGUUGCCCUAUGAAUUACUUUGUGGUUGAAUACAAGCCAAGGCACCAGACUGAAUGGAUAAUGGCAGACAACCAAGUGAGCCCAACAGGAAACUAUGGUAUCAUGGAACUGACCCCUGCUACCUGGUAUAAUCUUCGUAUCUCUGCUCAUAAUAAUGCUGGAUCUUCAGUUGCUGAAUAUGAAGUUGCUACAUUGACUCUCACUGGAGCCACGCUGCCGCCAACUGUUUCGGACAGCCGAGUAACCUGGCUUCCUGAUUGGUGGCCGAAGUGGCUGGAUCUGAAUGUCCUGGUCCCAGUUAUUGCCACUAUCGUCGUCAUCAUUGUGGGCAUUGUUGUCAUCUGUGUUGCAGUAACUCGUCGCAAGAACGGCAUUGAGAACUUGAGACUGCGAGGUGAGGCUAAGGCCAUCCCGCAACCUAAAAUCCAAGGCACAUGA